AUACUGUUUCAAGAGUUUUAUGAUGAGGAUCACAACAGACCGCUCGCUCGUGAAUUGGACAGGAUGAGUUCGCUGUAAGGCCGACCGGAGCAGGUGCAAUUUGCUGCCCUUUCAGUGUUUACGACAGCCAAACCACCAACGUGCUUCCGAAAUCUAGCUCCGACACGAGGUUCCCGAGUCGCGAUGACAACCGUCUGGAACUGCGGUAAAAUUCUGAGAGGGACUUCUUGCGCAUUACUGGUGUUGAAUCAGCCAUUGAAUGGUCCUCAAUGUGAGUUAUUGAGCAAGUUGUGGCCUCAUGCCACGCUUCGAGUGACGGUGGAUGGAGGGAGCAAUCGUCUGUUCGAAUCUCUACCGGAGCUAACGCCAGACCUGAUAACUGGAGAUCUCGAUUCGAUCAGGGAUGAUGUGAGAGAAACGUUCGAGAAGCGAGGAACUCUCAUUGUGCGAACAAUAGAUCAGAGCUUCACUGAUUUCACAAAAUGUCUCCGCGUGAUUUCGACUCGUCCGGAAAACUUCGACAACAUUCUGGCCUUCUGCACGUCCGGCGGCCGCUUUGAUCAGGUCAUGGCAAACAUCAACACAUUGUACAGGAGUGCGUGCAUUCUCCCGAAGCCUGUGAUUUUGCACUCCGGUCGCGAGAUAACCUGGGUCCUGCCCCCUGGAAAACAUCGGAUUCUGACGCACAUGGACAUGGUGGAUAUGAAUUGCGGCCUUCUACCGAUCGGAUCGGCGGUCGUCGCAACAACAACGGGUCUGAGAUGGGAAUUGAAAUCGACGAAGCUCGCAUUUUCGGAACUUGUCAGCACUUCGAACAAGAUUGCUUCAAAUGAAAUCUUCAUACAGACUGAUGAACCCAUUGUUUGGACGAUGAGUACGGAGAGAGAGGCGAGCUGA